GAACGAAGCGCUGUGGCCGUGUUUCCGGAGGGAAGAGAGGGAGAUGGACAUUUCCGCCGUUGUUUGUCUGUUUGGGUGAGACAAAGCGGAGAAAUUUAAAAAAUAAAAAUAAAUAAAAACUUGGAAAAAUUAAAAAAGCACUGCAACGCUAAAAACUACAGGACUUAUAAAAGCCGGGAUACGGAUUAAAGCUGGAGGAGAGAAACACGAACAGCAGAAACUGAGGAUUUUUAACGGAGCCGGAGAUGAAGCUGCUGAAACCGAGCUGGGUCUCUCAGAACGGGAAACCGAUAUUUUCAGUCGAUAUUCAUCCAGAUGGAACAAAGUUCGCCACAGGUGGUCAAGGGGAGGACUCGGGGAAGGUUGUCAUUUGGAACAUGGCUCCGGUUCUCCGAGAGGAGGAUGAGAAAAAUGAGAACGUUCCCAAGAUGCUUUGCCAGAUGGACAAUCAUUUAGCAUGUGUGAACUGCGUGCGCUGGUCCAAUAACGGUCUGUAUCUGGCCUCGGGAGGGGACGACAAACUGGUCAUGGUGUGGAAGAAAGCAGCGUUUAUCGGUCCCAGUACGGUGUUUGGGUCGAGCAGUAAACUGGCCAACGUGGAGCAGUGGAGAUGUGUGACCAUCCUCAGAAACCACACAGGAGAUGUAAUGGAUGUGGCCUGGUCCCCUCAUGAUGUUUGGUUGGCCUCCUGCAGUGUGGACAACACUAUCGUCAUCUGGAACGCUCGGAAAUUCCCAGAGAUCGUGACGACUCUGAAAGGUCACACUGGUCUGGUGAAGGGUUUAACGUGGGAUCCUGUAGGGAAGUAUAUUGCGUCCCAGGCUGAUGACCACAGUCUGAAGGUGUGGAGGACUAUGGACUGGCAACUGGACACCAACAUCACCAAGCCAUUCAGCGAGUGUGGUGGUACCACUCAUGUUCUUCGUUUGAGCUGGUCUCCUGAUGGUCAGUAUUUGGUGUCUGCGCACGCCAUGAAUAACUCCGGACCGACGGCUCAGAUAAUUGAGCGAGACGGCUGGAAGACCAACAUGGACUUCGUCGGCCAUCGCAAGGCUGUCACUGUGGUGAAGUUUAACCCGAAGAUUUUUAAGAAGAAACAGCGUAACGGCAGCGCCCCCAAACCCAGCUGCCCGUACUGUUGCUGCGCUGUGGGCAGCAAGGACCGCUCACUGUCUGUCUGGCUCACCUCACUGAAACGCCCUCUAGUGGUCAUUCAUGACUUGUUUGAUAAGUCCAUCAUGGAUAUUACAUGGACUCUGAAUGGUCUGGGAAUGCUGGUGUGCUCAAUGGAUGGAACGGUGGCUUUUCUGGACUUUUCCCAGGAUGAGCUGGGAGACCCUUUAAAUGAGGAGGAAAAGAACACCAUUCACCAGAAUAUAUACGGAAAGAGCCUGGCUAUCACCAUGGAGACGCAGCUUUCCUCCACCAUUAUUGAGAACCCGGAGAUGCUGAAGUAUCAGCAGGAGCGGCCGGGGGCCCAAGCCUCCAGUGGUACCCAGGGAGCCAGUCUGGAGAACCAAACGCCCAAACUGACCAACGUGGUCAACGGCGAGUCUCUGGAGGACAUUCGCAAGAAUCUGCUGAAGAAGCAGGUGGAGACCCGGACAGCAGACGGCCGGAGGAGGAUCACUCCACUCUGUAUCGCCCAGUUGGACACAGGGGAUUUCUCUCCCGCUCUGUUUAACAGUGUACCCAUCCUGCCUGGUUCCUCGGCAGCCCCCCAGCUGACCCCCCAGCUCUCCUCUGACUCCAAUACAGCAAACUCUCUCUGUCUGAGAGCCAAUCAGGAGCCUGCAGCAUCGCCCACUAAAACUGCCACUGAUGACAAGGACAAUGGAACUCCAGCCGUAAACUCCGCUGGUCAGAAAUCCAAUCUGCUACUAACCGCUGCUUCAAAGAUCGAGCCAAUGAAAGCCCUGGAUUCACGGUUCACAGAAAGGUCAAAGGCCACACCUGGGGUCACCAGUGCACCUGCCAACAUGGGCAUUUCUUCACUUGACAGGGUGAAGGACAGCGGAGGCGUGAAGGACUGGAAGAUGAAGGAGGAGACGAGCAGCGACAGCGAAGAUAAAGUGCAGAAAGCGCCACCUCUGGCCAAACGGAAGGCUGACAUGGAGGGGGCAGAGGUGGUGGAGAAGAGGAAGAAGGGAAGACCCAGAAAAGAUGCUAAACUGAUGAUGGCUGUGCCACAGGCGUACCCACAGACUCCAGUCUCAGUGGAGAAGGAAACGGCGCGGAUCCCAGCUCCUACAAUAUCAUUAAAACUCCACACCCCCGCAAUACAGAAAUCUUUCACCAUACAGGUAGGUACGGACCCUGUCUUGUACCUGGAGGUGGAGAAUGAGGCUUCUGUUGUUGCUGGGGCUCGUAUUAGCCAACUCAGGUGCAGCAGAGAAGGAAGAGAGUGGGACACCUUUCUCCCCAGCCGCAUCGCAACGGCAACAGGGAGCAGCGAUGUGGUUGCCGUGGCGUGUGAGGACCGAACGCUGUCUGUCUUCUCAGCGUGUGGGCGGAGACUUCUUCCAUCAAUCAUGCUGCCAGCCCCCAUAUCAUCACUGCAUUGCUCAGCCUUUUUCGUCAUGGCCCUGACCGCAUCGGCCACCCUGUCCGUCUGGGACGUUCAGAAACAGGUGGCUCUGGUCAAAAAUGAAUCUCUGAACUCCAUCUUAUUAGGUUCUGAUGCUACAGUAAGUCACUCUAUGUUGACUGAUCAGGGUGUUCCUGUGGUUGGACUGUCCAAUGGGAAAUCCUUCUGUUUCAGCUCUGCUAUGGAGACGUGGAAUCUGAUAGUAGAUAAGCAGGAUGCUCUAGUGCAGUGUGCGGACUUCAGGAACUGCGUCUCUUCCCAGGAGGCACUGGGCUCCACAGGGCCACUGGCUGCUACGCAGGGGCGGAGUCUGAGUGCGAGCCGGCUGGCGUCCCGUCUGUCCUCCGCCCCCCACCACCUGCAGCAGGGGAUGACCCUGGCCUUCCUGGAGCAGCAGCUCUCCUCCGCACUCAUCCUGCGCUCCACCGCUGAGUAUCGCCACUGGCUGCUCAUCUACACUCGCUUCAUCGUCAACGAGGGAUAUGAACAGCGUUUACGGGAGUUGUGUAAGGAUUUGCUGGGACCAGUACACAAAUCCAGCAGCAGCUCCUGGGAGCCCACAGUGCUGGGUCUGAGGAAGAGAGAUGUCUUAGCGGAGGUUUUGCCUGUGAUUGGUCAGAAUCUGCGCUUUCAGAGGCUCUUCACCGAGUACCAGGACCAGCUGGAGAUAGUCCGCCUCAAAUAGCACUUUUGACCCCAUCGUGCCCUUUUGACCCCCCUGUCCCGGUCAUCAUUAACAGUCUGCCUUAGGCCUCAAUAUGCAGAGACAGUAAACUUCCAUGAUCCUCACUGAGGACCCUGACUCUGUCUGUGUAACAGACGAAAGAACUCUAACGAGAACAGACACUAGUGCUGAUAUUUUUAAAUAAUGAAUUUGGUAAAUAACAAUAAUGAGAUAAGCGUGUAAAUGUGGCGCCGGUGGAAAACGCUGGAGUCUCCUGCUGACGAAGAGAGGAUUCAGUGUUCGUUUGAGUGGUGCUUCUUUUUCAUCCCUCCAUCCAUUUCUCUCUUCGUUUUGCUUUCAUUUCCGCGUGGCCAAGACUCAUCUCCAGAAACCAAUACUGAAUCGUUGGAGCCGAUGUUCGCAUCUGUGGAACCGAUAAUGAAUCAGAGGAGCUGACACUGAAUCAUACUGAAUCUGGCUCAGUGCUACUGAAUCAGUGGAGCAGAUUCUGAAACAUUUUGAAUCAUACCGAGUUGGUAUUAAUCAUACUCAAUCAGUGGAGCCAGUACUGAAUCAGUGGAGGCGAAACAGAAUCAUACUGAAUCAGUAUGAAUCACAUUCAUAUGCUGAAUUCUACUGAAUCAGUCACACUAAUGGUAAUCAUGCUGAAUCAAUGGAGAAUACACUGAAUGAGUAUGAUUAAGUGGAACCCCUACUGAUUCGAUAGGAUUCAGUGGAAUAUGGAAUCAGUGGAGAUGAUACUGAAUCAGUAUGUAUUAUACUCAAUGUUGAAUCGUACUGAAUCAGCCGUAUACUGAGCCAACAGAAUCUGUAUGAUUCGGUGGAGCUGAUACUGAUUCUGUGCUGAAUCACUGAAGCCAACACUGAAUCAUACUGAAUCUGUAUGAAUCACACUCGCUCAGUUGAACACAUACUGAAUCCUCCUGAAACAAUGGAAGGAAUACUGAAUAUCAGUAUGAUUUGGUGGAGUCAAUAUAACUGUAGAGCGGAUGUCGAUUCAGGAGGAUUCAGUAAGGCCGAUGUUAGAUCACCGUAGCCGUAACUGAAAUAAUGGAGUCAUUACUGAAUCAUACUGAGUCAGUAUGAAUCAAACUCACUCAGUGGAGCUGACACUGGAUCCAUGGAGCUGACGCCGAAUCUUGUUGAAUCAGCAGUGGAAGCAAAACUGAAUCCUGCUGAAUCAGUGGAGGGAAUACUGAAUAUUGGUAUGAUUCGGUAGAGACGAUACUGACUCAGCAGGAUUCUGUGGAGUUGAUACAUUUGUGGGGCUGAUACUGAUUCAGUGUAGUUGAUGCUAAAUCAGUGUUGCUGGUACUGAUGCAGUGGAACUGAGUAGAAGCUACACUGAAUCAGUGGACUAAACACUGAAUCUGUAUGAUUCAGAGGAGUUGAUACUGAUUCAGUAAGAUUCAGUGGAGCUGAUGCCAAAUCGCUGUAGCUGGUAUUGAAUCAAGUGGAGGCGACACUGAAUCGUAACUGAAUCAUGCUUAGUCUGUGGAGCUGAAUUUGAAUCAGUAGACCAUGAUACUGAUUCAGUAUGAUCAAAUGCCUGGUUCUGCGAGGGUCUCUCUCUCCCUCUCUCUCUCUCUCUCUCCCUCUCUCUCUCCCUCUCUCGGAUCUAUGAAGCCAUCAUUUUUGGAUCAGGCCCAAGCCUGGCACAGCGGCCAUUUUACAGCUGGGAACGGACAUUUUGUAUCUGUAACGGUGUCCCUGUGAAGCGAAGGAUGAGCUGAGUAGUGAGAGGAGGAGAGGAGCGGGGGGGCUGGAGUCAUGGUGUGGUGUGUGAAUAUUCACCCCCUCUCCUCCCUGCUGUCCGGACAGACACCUGUGAGUUACCUGUAUUUGUAAAUGUUUGUAAACACUUUUUUCUUUGUGUUUUUUUUCUAUAAAAUGAAGCAGCGAAGGGUGAAAUAUUAACUUAGAGAAAAAAAAAUAAAGAACUGACCAACUCUAAAGGCUCUCUCGCUCUGUAGUACGUAAAUAUAUUUUUACUAUUCUUAUUAUAAAUCUUAUUUUUAGUAUUAACCCCCCCCAAUCUUAGUUAGGGCCAGUUCUAUUGAGUGGUAGAGAUGAGCUGCAUUUUGAAAAUUUUAAAACAAAGAAAAAUUAUGACAAGUAAAAAGGAGAGAUAUUCACAAUUCUGCACCGUUUCUAGGUCACUACUCAAACUGAAGCAGAUUUGUGACACUGUGACCAUG